UUCCAGUUUGUACGCCGUUAACGUUUAAAAUUAGAAAACAAAAAAAAAGAAAAAAAGGGUGACGGUCGACGCUGAAGUUCACCGUUCCCAGAUCGAUUUCUUUUACGCCCCUGCCCAAAUCUUUAUUCAAUCUCCACUUCCCAAAGGAGAUUUCUUCAAAUCCAGCUUCUUCAAUCAAUUCAUUUUCACAAGGAUGAAGGAGGUUGCCAUAUGAUUUGAGCUUUGGAUCGAGUGUGAAAAGGAAAUGGCGUGGUUUAGUGGGAAACUUGAUUUGGGGAACUUGGAUCUUGCCGGUGCCGUCAAUAAGCUCAGUGAGAGUGUCAAAAACAUUGAAAAGAAUUUCGACACGGCUCUUGGUCUCGAGGAGAAAUCUGAUGAAUCAACUAGCACUGAAGCUUCAGGAUUAUGGCCUUCCAGUACGGAUAGGAAGGCCUUGUUUGAUCCUGUCAGGGCUUUUAUGGGACAAAAAGGUGGGGAGACUGCUGUAGAAUCUAUAGAGAAAGCUGAGUCAUCAAAGCCCACCUUGCCCACAGAGGAGGUAGUUGAAGAUUCAGCUGAAUCUACAGUUCAACAUGAUGUAGUUCCUAAAGAACCAAAAAAAGAAACAAGGGAUGUAAUUGAGCAAACUAAAUCUGCUGAAGAAGCGAAUGAAGAAGCACAAAAUGUUGAUGAGAAACCAAACCAAAAGAUAUCUGCUGAAGAAGAAAAUGAGGAAGCAAGAGCUGCUGAUGUCAAACUAGAAAAUGAGGAAGCAAGAGCUGCUGAUGUCAAACUAGACUCUGCUAUGGAAACAAAGGUUGAGAGGGAAGAGCAAAGAAGUGCUAUUAGACCAGAUGAAAUAAAAGCUGAAAUUGAUUCAGUGGCUGAAGCGUCGGAAGUCAAUUUAGAUCAUGCUCAGGAAAAAUCUCCAGAAAUCCCCCAAAAGAAUAUUCCAGAGGAAAAAUCAUCUGAAAAUCUGGAGUUGGUUGCCUCCCAAACAUCAAAUGCUUUAUCUCAAACUGAAGUUGGUAUCCCGUUGCUUGUUGAUUCACAGGAAAAUACCGACGAUGGCAGGGAACAGAAGAAAGAAGUCACUGAUGAAUCUCCUCUAGUUCAAUCACAGGAUGCAUCAAGUGACCGAGCAGACAGGGAAGAGAAGAAAGAAGUCACUGAUGAAUCUCCUCUAGUUCAAUCACAGGAUGCAUCAAGUGACCGAGCAGACAGGGAAGAGAAGAAAGAAGUCACUGAGGAGUCUCCUCCAGUUCAAUCACAGGAUGCGUCAAGUGAACGAGCAGAAAGUGGAAGACCUUCUAUUUCCGAUUCUGUAACUGCCAGUGAAGAUGGCAGUGUUGAAGAGCAUUCUAACAGGAGCUUUCUUGGUGACCAGCACACAGAUGAAAGUCGGAAGAGGGUAUCUGAAUCAGUUAUGCAUGAAAAUGAGUCAGUUAGUAGACCUGUUGGGGCUACCCAGCGAGGAAAUGAUCAUGAGACUGACGUGAAAGAACAACGGUUGAGCUCAGGAAGCAACUCUUCUGAUGUUACAGACACAUUGGUUGAACUGGAGAAGCUGAAGAAGGAAAUGAAAAUGAUGGAAACUGCAUUACAAGGAGCUGCUAGACAAGCACAGGCGAAAGCUGAUGAAAUUGCGAAGUUGAUGAAUGAGAACGAGCAACUGAAGUCUGCUAUUGAGGAUCUGAGAAGGAAGUCCAAUGAUGCAGAAGUUGAAUCUCUGCGAGAAGAGUACCAUCAAAAAGUGUCUGCUCUUGAGAGAAAGGUUUAUGCUCUAACCCGGGAGAGGGAUACACUUCGCAGGGAACAGAAUAAGAAAAGUGACGCUGCAGCUCUUCUCAAAGAGAAGGAUGAGAUAAUUACUCAAGUAAUGGCUGAAGGUGAGCAGCUUUCUAAAAAGCAAGCUGCCCAAGAAGCUCAGAUGAGAAAAUUAAGGGCACAGGAAACAAACGCCAGAAAGACUGAAGCUUGGGCUGCUGUCGAGAGAACCUUGAAUUCACGUCUUCAGGAAGCUGAGGCAAAAGCUGCAACUGCAGAGGAGAAGGAGCGAUCUAUUAGUGAACGCCUUUCUCAAACCCUGUCUCGAAUCAAUGUGCUUGAGGCUCAGAUAUCUUGUCUAAGAGCUGAACAGACACAGCUAACAAAGUCCCUUGACAAAGAGAGACAGAGGGCCGGGGAGAAUAGGCAAGAAUAUCUUGCUCUAAAGGAGGAAGCUGAGACUAACGAAGGUCGUGUGAAUCAGCUUGAAGAAGAAAUUAAAGAAGUCAGAAGGAAGCACAAGCAGGAACUACAAGAAGCAUUAACUCACCAGGAACUCCUGCGGCAGGAGCUAGAGCGGGAGAAAGCUGCUCGUUUGGAUCAAGAAAGGGCAGCUCGUACUCCAUCUAGUUUUGUACCUGAUCAAAGCCCAAUAAUGAAGCAGAAAUCUGGGAUUGAAAAUGGAAGUCUGACGCGGAGACUUUCAAGUGCUAGCAGCUUGAGUAGCAUGGAGGAAAGCUAUUUUCUACAAGCAUCUUUGGACUCGUCUGACAAUUUAUCUGAGCGUAGAAAUGCAUUGGAGGGUAAUGUGAGUCCAUACUUUAUGAAGAGCAUGACAUCAAGUGCUUUCGAAGCUGCACUUCGUCAGAAGGAAGGGGAACUUGCAUCGUAUAUGUCUCGACUUGCAUCUAUGGAGUCCAUCCGCGACUCCCUGGCUGAGGAGUUGGUUAAAAUGACUGCAGAGUGUGAAAAGCUUCGUUCAGAAGCUUCCGUGCUGCCUGGCAUUCGGGCAGAGCUAGAUGCACUUAGAAGGAGACACUCGGCAGCUCUUGAAUUGAUGGGUGAACGUGAUGAGGAGUUGGAAGAACUCCGUGCUGAUAUUAUUGACAUGAAGGAGAUGUACAGAGAGCAAGUAAAUAUGCUUGUGAAUAAGAUUCAGGUGCUUAGCUCAUCACUGGGUGCUGCCUGAGAAAACUGAUCUUUUGAUGUGUGGCUUGUUCUCGUCUGUUGCAUCCUGGAGGGUGCUGCAGUAUAUGUGGUAUAGCACAUUGAUUUUGGACACGAUAAUUGUUGUCGCCGGUUUAUUAUAAAUCUAUAGAGAAACUACCUUAUACAGGUUUGCUAUUGUAACUUUAGUGAAUUGUUGUAUAGCAUAAUUUUGUAAAAGUGGCGUAUUGGCUUAAGCUUUACAAACUGUUCUCAAUUAAUGCCCAAGUUCAAUUAAUUGUUAAUAGAA